UUCCCAGUCAACAUCUCCACCCCCACGAACCCAGCAAAGAAAAAAUCCCCAACCCGCACCCUCAUCCCAACAAAAUCGAAACUGAGCGGAGAAAUAGGGGAAGGAAUCGGCGGACCUCCGCUGGGCGCGCGAGAUGGAGGCGGCGUUCGACGCCUACUUCCGCCGGCGAAUCUCGACCGCGACGGUCGAAUCAUCGGCCAGGUCUGGCUCUGCUUUCCGCCUAGACCGGCGGCGGCGUGGACAGCACCGGCAACGUCCGGCCCGCCAUGGCCGUGUGGCCGAGCACGGACUCGAGCCACACACGCAGCCCUGAGCCUCCUCUAGCUCCAAAAUCCAUUUCCCUGGCCGCGGAAUGGCGCCGCCGCGGUUCGCCAUCUCCGGCUACCACAACUCCCGCACCUCCCUAGCGCUUCCAAUUCUACAUUCACGCUGGUCAUCGAGUCCAAAUCCCCAUCUCUUCUCAUCUCCCGCAAAUAUCUGUCGCUGGUGGAGAUGAGUUCAACGCAGAUCGGGAGCGGCGGCGCCACCACAUGGAGCUGCAAGGGCUAUCUCCAUCGUGCACCGCCGGGAAGGGCCUCGCCGCCGCGAGCCGCUGGGCUUCCCGUCUCCAUAGCGCGCUGCCUGGAGGACGCCCACCUCCACCACGCGCUGCAGGGCUUCCCGUCUCCAUGGCGCGCCGCCGGGAAGGGCCUCGCCGCCGCGCGCCGCUGGGCUCCGUCUCCAUGGCGCGCCGCCUGAAGGACGCCCACCUCCACCACGCGCUGCAGGCUUCCCGUUUCCAUGGCGCGCCACCGGGAAGGGGCUCGCUCCCACCGCGGGUGCUGUUGGGCCCUUUCUCCCAUGGUCCAGCUCGCCGCCAGACCUCGCCAAUGGAUCCGCUCCUCUUCCCGUCAACUCCCGCACCUGGCUCCAAGAAGGAUGAAGAAAAGAAGGAGAUGGCAGAUGCACUUACGGUGUGUUUUAUUUGUGCGAAUUUAUACACGAUCAUGUCAUGAAUUUGCGACAGAGCCGAGAAGGCAUUCCCUGCAUUGAAUUUGCGAUUGAGCUGAGAAUUCUGCUAGUAGUAAAUUUUGGAGCGGAGAUGUAUUUUUUUAUAUCUUUUUACAUCCAGAAUAAUGGCAGCGGUUGACUUAUUUUUUUCCCUUUUUCUACAUCUAGGAUCUUUUUUCUUCCUUUUUUCUACAUCUAAAUUUUUUGAAAAUAGUAUGUUUCUCCAGAUCUGGAUGUAAUAACAGUAGGUUCUCCCAAGAUCUAGAUGUAUUUUUUAAUUUUUUUUACAUCCAUCCCUACUAUCUUUUGUAGAAAAAGAAGGUGGUGGAUACACAUUUUACUUUUCCGUCAUUUUUGUCUAGAUUUUGUAAUUGGUUUUUGUAAUGCAUCGAUGCGGAUGUAUUUUUCCUCCACGGAAAAAAGAACGGUGCGGGAGACAUGCAGUGGAGCAUGGGAAAGAGAAGGCCCGACGCGAGUGAAGUAGUUUCUAUUUUUGGAAAGUACAGGCUGUCGGAUUACUGUUUUUUCCAUAUCUGGGUGGGGCACUCCCUAAGACUAACCAGUGCCUGAGCACUGUGUAACAACGCCCUU